CCGCCGCUCUCAAUCCAUUCCAUUUCCAACCAGGCUCUCUCUCUCCUUCCCUCCCUCCUUCCUCAGUCCUCUCUCUCUCUCUUCCCACCGUCCCUUUUCAACAACUGCUGAAUAGAAGAAGAAGAAGAAGAAGAGAAUACUCUUUUACCAAACCAGCAAUCCGAAACUCGAUUGACUUCGCUUGCAACCGCCAGCCAUCACCUCCUCCGCCGUCGCCGGAAGAAAUCGAAACCCUCCAGAUCGUGAGCCGAGCUGCUUCAUUUCCAUCGUUCCAUCCCGUCUCUCCGAUCCUCCCCCUUCUCCCUCUCUGUCUUCCUUUUCCAUCUACUGAGAUCAGCCUGUGACGAAAGCAUUGCUCUCCCCUAGACUGAAUUCCGACUUGACGAUUUCAAUUCCCCAAUUCCAAUUCGCCGCCGGGGUUGAUCUGAUUGAUUCUCCGACCAUUUCCCUCCCCCACUCUCUCUUUCCAGUCCGUUUCCAUCUCACCCUUCUCCAAACCUAGCAAUUCUUACCCUGGAUUUCCUCCUCCCGUAUUGCUGCCUGUUUCUCCUAAUUUUUCUGGGGCCACGCUCACCACAGCUCGCUCGGAAAUGCAUAUUGUGGCCAAGGGUAAUGCCGCCGCUUCAGCCGUAAGCAACCCGACGUCUAACCAGCACCAUCAACAGUCCCUCAGGAGGCUGGGGUUCUGCUCUCAGUUAGCUGCCGGCGGGGCCCAGCACUCUUCCCCCAUCGUUUUCCCCGAAAAGCGCAGCAAAAGGGUCAAGUCAUCUUCCUCCAAACGGAUUGAGCUCACCAGCGAUCAACCUUUUGAAAACCCUAGCCGGGAUGAAGUUAGAAUCGACAUCGGUGGAGGAAUACCCGCCGUAGGAGAUGAGAAGUCUGAUUUGUUGGGGGAUGUUGUUAUCUCCGGCAAGCUCGUUUGGGACAAGAGGAAGACCUCGGUGAGCCCUGAUACACCCAAUGGAAAUCCUGCUAAUCUAGCUCCUGCCGAUGUUCCUAAACAGGAACCACUGGACGCUAAGCUUACCAGCAAGGCUUUAAUCUGCGGCUCCACUAUAUUGCAUCUUGACGAUGUCAUCUCGGUGACAUAUAAUGCUGGUCUCAGGUAUUUUACUGUCCAUUCAUAUCCCAUAAAGAAGGGCUCUUGUGGUCUGUCUUGUUUCAUCAAACCCAAAAGAAUUCGCAAAGACUAUCGUUUCGUAGCCACAACCGUGAAAGAUGCAGUACAGUGGGUUGGUGGAUUUGCAGAUCUGCAAUGCUAUGUGAAUUGCUUGCCUCACCCUUUGGCCUCUUCCAAGAAGCAAGCUUCUUCGGAGUUACUUCCCAUUGACACUCCUCCGGAGUUGCUAUUUAAGUGUAAGAAUCCACCUAAAAUGCUGGUCAUCCUGAAUCCACGUUCUGGCUCUGGCCGUUCGACCAAAGUUUUCCAUGGCAUUGUGGAACCUAUAUUUAAGUGUGAGCUGUUACAGCUUGCAGGGUUUCAGUUGGAGGUAGUCAAAACUACAUCAGCUGGUCAUGCUAAAAGUCUUGCAUCUACCGUUGACAUCAGCACUUGUCCUGAUGGGAUUAUAUGUGUCGGUGGUGAUGGAAUUAUCAACGAGGUCCUGAAUGGUUUGCUCUGUAGAGAUAAUCAGAAAGAAGGAAUCUCCAUUCCGAUUGGUAUUAUACCUGCUGGUUCUGAUAAUUCGCUUGUCUGGACUGUUCUUGGAGUACGUGAUCCUAUUUCUGCUGCCAUGGCUAUCAUCAAGGGAGGUCUAACUGCCACGGAUGUUUUUGCUGUGGAAUGGCUUCAGACCGGUAUUAUGCACUUCGGGAUGACUGUCUCAUAUUAUGGUUUUGUUAGUGACGUGUUGGAACUCUCUGAGAAAUAUCAGAAACGCUUUGGUCCAUUGCGCUAUUUUGUUGCUGGGUUUUUGAAGUUUUUGUGUUUGCCAAAGUACAACUAUGAAGUAGAAUAUCUUCCAGCAUCCACAAUAGAAGAUCAAGGAAAUCGCCUUGGUGAUAGAGAAGUACUGGACAUGGCCGAUCUGUAUACAGAUGUUAUGAGGAGGUCAAACACGGACGGUGGCAUGCCUAGAGCCUCUAGUUUAUCGAGCAUUGACUCAAUAAUGACUCCAAGUCGGGUUUCUGGAGACUUAGAUACCACCUGCAGCAGUACUCAUGCUAGCACCGAACCAUCGGAAUACGUGCGUGGCCUGGAUCCCAAAACUAAACGUCUGUCAUCUGGGAGAAGUAAUGUCACAACAGAACCAGAAGUGAUUCAUCCUCAAAUGCCACUCUCUACAACGCCCAACUGGCCAAGGACUCGGUCAAAGUCAAGAACAGACAAAGGGUGGGCUGGAACAAUCUCCACACAAGAUAGCUCUAGGUGCUCUUGGGGGAAUAAUGCCACAAACGACAGAGAAGACAUAUCUUCGACGUUGUCUGAUCCAGGUCCAAUUUGGGAUGCUGAGCCAAAGUGGGAUGGGCAAGCAAAUUGGGACGUGGAAAAUCAUAUCGAGUUGCCGGGUCCUGCCGAUGAUGUAGAGGGUGGAAUGAGGAAGGAAAUGAUCGUGCCUAGAUUGGAAGAGAAGUGGGAGUUCAGGAAAGGACAGUUCCUUGGGAUCCUAGUGUGCAAUCAUGCUUGCAGAUCAGUGCAGAGUUCUCAGUUGGUAGCACCUAAGGCAGAGCCCGAUGACAGUACCUUAGAUUUGGUAUUGGUUCAUGGCAGUGGGCGGCUGAGGCUGUUGAGGUUUUUCUCGUUGUUGCAAAUGGGUCGAGGCGGACAUCUUUCACUGCCAUACGUCGAAUACAUAAAGGUGAAGUCGGUGAAGAUAAAGGCCGGGAAGCAGAAGAGUCACAGUGGAUGCGGGAUCGAUGGAGAGCUUUUCGCAUUGAACGGGCAAGUGAUGUCGUCGUUGUUGCCGGAGCAGUGCCGGCUCAUUGGUCGGCGGGGGACAUAUGAAAAGUCUUGAUGAGGGUUUGUUUGGAUGGUGUAACUGGCUGUCCUGUUGUUGUUGUGAAGGUUCCCGGUGGUGAAGUGGGUGGGGCCAGGGGCUGGUGUAACAGAUGAGCGAGGUGGCGUGGCUCCCUGAGUUGACGGGAAAGUUAAUAUAUACGUGAUAGUGUCAUUUUGCUGUGUUUUUUUCACGCGAGAGACAGAGAGAGUUAUGGUUGUGCAUGUUUGGUGGGUGAGGGAUUGGAAUUGAGUUGAAGUUGAUGGGUUGGUGGUGGGAAGGGUACAUUGUUGACUAUUAAUAAUGAGGCUUAGGCUGGGAGGAGGGUUUAGGCAGCUGAGAGGCAGUUGAGUUUGCAUUAUUGGCGUUCGGAUUGUUGUCUGUAAAAUUGAUUUGAGUGGGUGGGUUUGUUGGAUUGGGUUGGGUUGGGUGUACCAAUAUUUGAUGCACAGAAGCCGGGAUGUCUAACUCCAUGUGUUCAUAAUAAUAUAUUCCUGUGAUGUCCUCGCCGGCUGUUCUUUGUUUACUUUCAGGGCUACUGUUUUCUUUUCUGCAUCCUAAUUUCUGAA